CCCUCUGUUUCUUUCUUCUGGAACUUGAGUGAUGAUGAUGAUGAAAAGGCCAUCAAAAAAUUGCAAGAAAUGGAAACUAGACUUUCUAGAGAGGAAAGGAAUUGUGAACCUAGCAGCAAUGGAAAUAAGUUGCAUGCCUUAAGGCAUUUGCUCAUCCAAUUGAUGCUUCAAGUGCUUCUUCAACCUGGGGAAUUCUCUGAGACAGCCUCUAAGCUUGUCAUAUGCUGUAAGAAAGCUUUUGCAUCUUCUGAUAUUCUCAAUUCAUCUGGAGAAGAUGAGUUGGGCGGUGAUGCAUUGCCAAAAUUAAUGGAUGUCCUUGUGGAUACUUUGCUUUUCUUGCUGCCACAGUCAUCAGCUCCUAUGCGAUCUGCCAUUGAGCAGACAUCAUGACGAAGAUAAUGAGGAUGAUGAUGAGGAUGAUGAUGGCCUUCUGGCUAUUGAAGAAGAUGAGGAUGUAGAUGAAGCAGAGACUGGUGAAGCAGUCGAGAGUGAUGAGCAGACAGAUGACUCUGAGGCAGUUGUUGGAGCUGAGGAGGCUAGUAAAGAGCCAGAUGCAGAUGAAGAUUCUGAUGAUUUUGAUAGUGGAAUGGAUGAUGAUGCAAUGUUUCGCAUGGAUACCUAUCUUGCCCAAAUCUGCAAAGAGAAAAAGAAUCAAACUGGAAGUGAAACUGCUCAAUCCCAGCCUAUUGUAUUUACGCUCCACAUUCUUUCAUUGCUGGAAAUUUACUUGCAUGAACAUCGAGGCAAGCCCCAAAUCCAUACCGCUGCAAUAGUUGGGUAUUUUGACAGUAAAAAGUCUCAAAUAAAAUCCGGCGUCUCGAAAGAAAUAUUUCGAAGAAAUCCAAGGAUUGGGCAUCAUUUAUGUGGCUUUAUUUUAGAGAAAUGUGCCAGCGCAACAUCAGACUUCCGUCGGGUUGAUGCUCUUGACAUGGUAAUUGAAAUAUUAAGGUCAGCAGUUCCUUCAAGUUCUAAAGACAGCAGCCAUAAUGCAUCCAAGAAAAUCAUGAAAGGCCAUCUGCAGUCUCUGAGCCAUCUAAUACAGGCAUUGGUAAUUAGGAUGCCAACUAAACAGUCCAGACGAGCUGAAGUGCGUAAAUUUUGUGGUAAGAUGUUUGAGAUGAUAUCAGCACAUGACGUGAUCAAGUCUUUUCUUAAACGUUUGGGAACGGAUGCUUAUACUGCGUGUGAAUCUCAACUUGGUGAAUUUUCUCUCAAGUUAAAGAGGUUGGAAUGAGAGACCAUAACAUACUAGAUAUCUGAGACUGCAGAUAUACAACUGCGUUGGGGGUGUUGGGGAGGUGGGUGCUUCCUAUUGCUUUAAGAGGAUAGAUGUGGUUGAGAAAGUCUAACAGUCUCUGUGAUGGUUGGUCAGGGUAAAUAUCCUUUGACUCGCCGGUGAGAUUAUAGAAAGUCCUGUCUUUUGCUUUCUUUCAAGCUUUUUCCGUGGAGAAGAGGAAUUCUUUUGAGUUUAGGGUUGAUACACUGCCUGCCUCCACAUCUCUGAGAGAAUUUGUGUUGAUUUCAUUGAAUUGAACAAUUAGUGCCAACCUUUCUACAGAUCAAACCAUUCAUCAUUUUUUACUCAUUGUAGAAUAAAAUGUGGACGGAGUU